AUAAUCAUUUGUUAAGCGUAUGCAUCACAUAUAUAUGUUUAAGUGUAUGAUUCAUCACAUUAUUGGAAUGUGAGGAAGUAUAGAAAAAUAUGUAUGUCAUAGAGUUGAUUAAGAGAAUAGAGAUACGUAUCCCCUUUGUGAUGCGUCACCGGGUAUAUGGGGCAGUGCUUCGAUACGCCGGUACAACCUGCACUGCACUAACCUUGGUUUGACAUCGCGGAGUGUGCGUGCCAGUGGAAAGGUAAGAUGGCGGCGGACGGAGAUGUGAUUCCUGAUCAAGAAAAAGUACGAAUAGUUUCGGAUUUUAUACUGCACUCACCACCAGGCGAAUUCAACGAGGUUUUUAAUGAUGUGAGAGUCUUGUUAAACAACGACAACCUGUUGAAGGAGGGUGCGUCUGGAGCAUUUGCUCAAUACAACAAGGAUCAGCUCACGCCUGUUAAGAUUGAAGGUAGCGAAUAUCCUGCUCUUAUAACAGAACACAAUGAUCUAGGUGGGCAAAGGUUUUAUGAUGCUCGCAGCAAGCAAAGUUUUAAAUAUGACCAUCUUAGAAAAGAAGCACAGGAUUAUGAACCAUAUGAACCAGAUUCUGUGGCUGAACCUUGGAGAUCAGCUCUUCAAGAUGAAAUAACAACUUAUACUCAAAGUCAUUAUAGACAUGGUGCAUGUUCAGUUUUUGGAAAGAGUCAAGGAGGUAACAUUACCUUAACGGCUUGCAUAGAAGAUCAUCAGUUUCAACCUAAAAAUUUUUGGAAUGGCCGUUGGCGUUCUGUAUGGACUGUAAGUUUUAGUCCAAGUUCUGGAAAUGCAGAAUUAAGAGGUAGUCUUAAAGUACAAGUUCAUUACUAUGAAGAUGGAAAUGUACAACUGGUCAGUAGCAAAGAAGUAAAAGAAAGCUUACCAAUCUCAAGUGAAAAACAAACAGCAAAGGAAUUAAUACGGCUUGUUGAGGAAUCAGAAAAUGACUAUCAAACUGCUAUAUCGGAAAAUUAUCAAACAAUGUCUGACACAACUUUUAAGGCCUUACGAAGGCAAUUACCUGUUAUGCGAACGAAAAUUGACUGGAACAAAAUUGUAUCGUACAGUAUUGGCAAAGAGCUUAAAAGUCAAUAGAAAUAGAUUUUUUAUAUAAUAUUAAGAGAAAUAAUUAAAAAGCGCAUUUUGCUGCAUGGGUGAAGUCUGGAGGUGUGAUGUGCAUGGGAGCAAAUAUAAUGAUGCUAUAUAAAGUUUGGUUAAACAUGUUUUGACUGAAACUCAUGCAUGCCACUCAAGGUUCCUCUGGACCCCUUAAUGUAUCUUGUUACCAACAAAAAUAAUAAAAAGGAACGUCAUUGUAGUUAUCGAUUCUU